AUGCAUCUCAAAAUAAUCGUCCAAAUUGUUGUCGCUGCCAAAAAACCAACUGCUCUUCUAAUGCUUGUUCUUGUUGAAGAAGUAAGCUGUUAUGUACAUGAUGAUGUGGAGACUACUAAUGAUGAUAUAAAUGAUGAAUUAUUGAAGAAAAAGUGGAUCGAUGCAAUUAAUAUGUGCAUUAAUACGACAAAUAUGUAUACACUUGAAGAUUUAGAAAAUUUACUGAAAAUCAAACAA